AUCUCAGUCAUAGUAGAGUCACAUCCAUGUCGAUCUCUGGCAUUCAAGGCCUACCUCUUGAGGUCACUGUUGUUUCAUGCUAUAACUUGGAGGACAAGGAAUGGUUAUCAAGGCAGGAUCCUUAUGUUCGCCCUGAAUAUGGAAGCUGCAAGUACAGAACCAGAACCUGCACUGACUGAAGGCAUAAGGAAGCUGAAUGUUGUGGUCUGGAAGAGCAACACCCUGACUGCUGAUGACCAUGUUGGCAAUGGAAGGGUCCAACUUCUGAAAGACCUUUCCCAAGGUUUUGAUGACACUAAUUGGUUGCUACAGAGCAAACAAGGCAGGUUAAUCAGACAUUCUAAGAAUCUUCUUGAUCAGAUAUGACUUGGUCUAAUUAGGUAAUUGUUUGCAACUCUUCUAAUGCUUUACCUACAAUAAAGGCAUUCUGGAGAAAUUAUUUUUGUGCCGAUCUUCUCUGAAUUGUUUAUAUAUUUUAACAAUAAUAAGAAAUCAUUUUUGUGCCAAUCAGCCAGGUAAUAAUUUAUUUUCAGUAGA